ACCACCAGUAUGAUGUAAUUAAAAUUUGUGCCGCUGAGUCAUAAAUUACUCAAUCCAUCAAGGCGCAUACUAGGGUUAAUAUAUUUCUCGAGUAAUUUCAGCUUAAGCAGCCGCACAUUCUCCGUCUCAAAAUAUCUCAGGAUGGAGACUCAGCUUAAGCAUGCUGUUGUUGUGAAAGUAAUGGGUCGUACUGGAUCCAGGGGUCAGGUGACCCAGGUGAGGGUUAAGUUUCUCGAGGACCAAACUCGUUAUAUUAUGAGAAACGUCAAGGGGCCGGUCAGGGAGGGUGAUAUCCUUACCUUGCUGGAGUCCGAGAGGGAGGCAAGAAGACUUCGCUGAAAUGUCCUUGUGUGUUUACUUGUUUAUGUUUUAACUGCAUUGAAAUGCUGGGAUCCGCAACUAUUUCCGAACUUUUUGGUAGUGUAUGAGAGUUGGUUGAACACUUCUAAAGUGCUUUAGUGUUUCUAUAUAUUCAGUUUUGUUCGUUUUCA